AUGUACUUACAGAAGAGAAGAAUAUUGAUAACUCUAGCAUCAGAAGCUAGCUAUCAUCGUGCUCAAAAUGUUCUUGAAAAUAUGAACAAAGAGCAAUAUAAGAGUUUUCAUGUUUUGCAACAGUUGCAUCAUCACCAUUGUGAGAACUGGAAGGUUAGUUUUGAUCUAGAAAAAGCUAAGUCAGAAAAGAAAAGAAAAGGAACCAAUUCUCGUAAAGGCGAUAAAAAGCGACAUCAGAAAGGAUUAUCUCAUAUGUUCAAUAUCAAAGAUAGUUCACUAAUUGAUCUUAAACCAUCCUCUUUAUCUUGGGAUGAAUUCAAGAACAAUUGUGAAUAA